AUGAGAUCAAAAAGGAAGCUGAAUCCAUUCUUCUGCAAUCUGCUUUUGCAGUUUCUGCUCUUACAAACUUGUUCAAAAGUUGCCAAUGCUGGUUCUAUAGUUAAGUUUCUCCCAGGAUUUGAAGGGCCUCUGCCUUUUGAGCUAGAAACUGGGUAUAUUGGGGUUGAUGAAUCAGAGGAUGUGCAGUUCUUCUAUCACUUCGUCAAGUCAGAAUCGAAUCCUGAAACCGACCCGCUUCUGCUUUGGUUAACUGGAGGCCCUGGUUGCAGCUCAUUUUCUGGGCUGGUUUAUGAGAUUGGGCCAAUUAAGUUUGAGCCAUUCCUGUAUGAUGGGAGUUUGCCCAAGUUGAUGAUAAAUCCUUAUUCUUGGACAAAGCUAGCAAGCAUCAUCUUUGUAGAUCAACCUGUAGGAACUGGAUUUUCUUAUGCCAGGACGCCCAAAUCUUCUCAUUCUUCCGAUCUACAAGUCAGUGAUCAAUUGUAUGAAUUCCUAAGGAAGUAUGCAAUGGUUGACAUCUUUCUUGUAUUACUCCUUGAGUUGAGCACAAACGAUGGAAAUGAGGCUGGAAACGAACCAAAGAUUGAUUUCAAGGGUUACUUGGUGGGAAACGCUUGGACGACUCCAGAUGAUAGAAACUAUCAAAUCCCUUUUGCUCGUGCAAUGGGGCUAAUUUCUGAUGAACUCUACCAGUCUUUGAAGGAUAACUGCGAAGGAGAAUAUCAUAGAAUAGAUCCUGGUAAUGCACUCUGCUUACAAAACAUGAAGACAUACAAUCAGUUGAUAAGUACAAUUUAUAAAGCACAAGUCCUGGAGCCCUAUUGCGGUUUAGAUUUUCCAGAGACACCUAACAAAAAAUAUGGCGAAAGAAGAUCCAUUACAGAAAUGUUUAGUACUCAGAAAAUGGGAGGGCGUAUUCCCAUAACAUGUCGGAUGGAUGGUAUGAGGGUAUCUUAUUACUGGUCUAAUGAUGAGAGUGUCCGUGAGGCGCUCCAUAUACGCAAGGGUACCAUUGGUGAGUGGAUACGAUGUAACCGCAACAUUUCAUAUACAAGAAAUUUGUUGAAUGCUGUACCAUACCAUGCUAACAUCACUCAUAAAGCGUGGAUAAAAUCUCUAAAUUACCAAAUAGUUAAUGAUUGGAGGCAAUGGAUUGUUGGCGGUCAAGUUGCCGGUUAUACAAGAACUUAUGCUAAUAAGAUGACUUAUGCAACAGUUAAGGGAGGGGGUCAUACUGCUCCAGAGUUCAAGCCUGAAGAAUGUCAGGCCAUGUUCAAAAGAUGGAUAUCUAAUGAACCUCUAUAAUUUAAUUAGUUGGCUGAUAUUCCAAUAGACUUCUUUUCUCAUUCUUUGACGAAACAUGAAUUUGCACCGAUGCCUCCAGAUGAUUGAACCGGCGGCUAUGGCAAUAUCAAAAUCCUAAAACUUGCAAAAUAGAGCCUCGGGGUCUCCCGAUGGUAGACACUCCGAUACUUAAGUCAGUAAAAGUAAUUGUAAUAGGGGUAUGAAUUGUGGUGCGUAGAACGUACCUUUGAUGUGAGGGGUUGAUCCCUAUUUAUAGAGUUAGGGUGACUUAUUUGUGAAACUCUUUUCUUACUAGGAAAGUAAUUGGCAACUGCCCU